AAAAAAGUAAAAACGCUAACGUGUGAGAGUGCAAGAGAUCGUGUGGGCUUGUGUAUUAAAACGACUUCCCGUUUGGUGCAGUGUUGACUCUUCCUUCAAUUCUCUUCAUUCCCUGCGAAAUUUCUAGGUUUUCCCGUUCAUCUUCCCUCGCUGAAUCCUUCACCAUCGCCGCGUGCUGUGCUCGUCAACGAGCUUCUCCCUCUUCUUCUCACGCCGGAAGGUAUUUCGCUGAUGCAGGUAUAGAUGAUGGAGAAGGGUGUCUCGAGAGAGCAUUUUCGACCCAGGACAUGUUCUGGGAAGAAGAGCGCACCCGAAACUAGCCAGGUGAAAAAAGAGGGUUUGAAGAAUGUUAUUUACAUUGAUGUGGACAAUGAUCAGGUUGAUGAUGUGGUGAUAUUAGAAUCUCCUGAGUUCGUGUCACGAAAGGUGCGUGGUUCGUGUGGGCCGAGUAGAGAAAGGACUUUUACGCCCCAGAGUGUUAUCAGCAUUGAUACUGAUGAUGACGACGAUGAUGAUGAUGAUGGUGGAAGUGAUGGUGCGGACCGUCGUGGAAAUGGUGAUGCUGAAGGAGGUGGGGAGUUGGAUAGUGAUGCCACUUCAAGCAAAAGGCAUUCGUCUUCCUCGAGCUCUGAGCAAAAUUCGUUACACAACGAUGUUGAUGAUAGUCGGAAUGCCUAUAAAAAAGAGUCUGUAUCUAACAUGGAUAGAAGGAAGAAAUCGUUCUUCGGUGAGGAUGCUGGUGGAAGUCGUUAUGGUUUAUAUGGGUCUGAAUCUGAGUCAUCUGAUAGUGAUUGUUCUGAUUGCGAGUUCAUGGACCGUGACGAGUGGGAAAAGUGGGAAAAGGUUUCAGCCAAGAGAAAGCGCGGGGUAUCCAAUAAUCAAACGUGUCAGGAAGAGCAUGCCGGGCCUUCCAGAUGUCACAAUAAUGUUUACAUUGAUAUUGAUGAGGAAAAUACUUAUGAACAGCAUGCUGAAGUCCCUGUAUAUCCUGGUCCCAGCAAUGGUAAAUAUGUCAAGGAGAGUCAACCUUCCUUCUCUGCUAGAGACGAUAGUCAAGUGCCUCGCUGCCCCAAGGAAAAAAAUUGUAAUUUCUGUAACAGUGUUGCUGGUCCUUCAAAGUUCAAGGAGAAUCAACCUUCCUUCUCUUAUAAGGAUGGUAGUCAAGUGAAUGGGAUUUAUUUUAAUGUUGAAACUAAAACUUCUUUCAAGGACUCUGAUCAGAAAGCUGAGCAGAGUUCUAAAUCUCCUAGGUCUGAAUCCGUAAAGGAAAUGCAUUCUUUUCGUCAAAGUUUUGAUGUCAAGAAUCAAUGUUCUGAUAUCAAAAAUGGAGAAAGGACAAGAGAAGAAAAAGUGUCUCCCAGCCCCAAGGGUAAAAACAGUGAUUACUUUAGUGGUGCUUCUGGUGCUUCAAGUUUCAAGAAAGAUUUGAGUGUUGAAGAGUCUAAAUCUAUGGGCUUCAGCCCAAAUGCAUGUGAAAUGCAAGUUGACAACAAUGAAUCUGCAUUGGGGAGUAAAGAUGCCGGUUUCCAGAAAGAUAUGGGUGAUUUAAGUUUCAAGAAAGAUUUGGGUGUUGAAGAGUCUAAAUCUAUGGGCUUCAGCCCAAAUGCUUGUGAAAUGCAAGUCGACAACAAUGAAUCUGCAUUGGAAAGUAAAGAGGCCAGUUUAGCUGAAGUGUAUUCUAUCUGUGCCUCUAUUGAUGAAAGACAUGUUAAUGGUAAUGGGCUUGUGUUACAUGGUCAAGAUGGUGGUCUUACUGCUUCAAAUGAGAGAAAUAUAAUUAAUGAAAAAGAAAAGCUCAAGGAGACUGAUGAAUAUAAACAAGCCGUAGAAGAGGAAUGGGCAUCCAGACAACGACAACUGCAAAUUCAGGCAGAGGAGGCACAAAGAUUACGCAAAAGGAAAAAGGCAGAAAGUCAACGCAUACUGGACAUGCAGAGAAGGCAAAAAGAACGCAUUGAAGAAGUGAGAGAGACACAAAAGAAGGAUGAAGAGUUUUUGAACAUGAAAGAGCAACUGCGGGUUGAAAUACGGAAGAGGCUUAAUCAAUUGGAGAUGCGUUGUUCUGAUAUGACCUCACUCCUCCGUGGCUUAGGAAUACAUGUUGGAGGAAGCUUUCCCAAGGAGCUGCAUGCAGCCUAUAAGCGGGCCUUGUUUAAGUUUCAUCCUGACCGUGCAUCAAAAACGGACAUUCGUGAGCAGGUUGAGGCUGAGGAGAAAUUCAAGCUCAUCUCUCGCUUGAAGGACAAGUAUUUGUUGACUCCAUGUCGCUAAAUUAAAUGCUAACACCUGAAUGGAUAUGGUCGGUGUAAUGGCUAUAUUGACCAGCGAGGGCCUUAGCUUUCUGGUUUGCUGCUAUUUGAGUCUUGCAGUCACGUUCCUCUGGUCGGUAUUCUGUGAUUAACAUUUUUAGUUUGCUUUUGUCUUGAAAUGUUCUAAAACUCUUUAUAGUUAGACGCUACUAGUCUUAGCUAUUUAGUAAGGGCAUUGGAUUCCAUACAAAUUGCGUAACCAAACAUGCACUAAGCACCCAUAUUGGACGCCUUAGUGUGCAACAUUGCAUGGUGUGAACAAAGGAAGAGUGAUGAUAUAUGCCAUUUGAGUAUUGAUAUAGCAAGAUGGCAGAGUUAGAACCUAACUUGUUUGAUGUGCAAUAUCUCAAUGUUGUUGAUGAAGAAAGAUCAGUUUAAGAUUCAAGUUA